AUGGCCUCCAUCAACGGCUCACACACUGAAGCCACCAUCGCCUGCAGGUCCUCCGACAGGCCUCCAACGGGCCUCACCUGGAGGUUCAACCACAGUCAGAUCAUCCUGAACCGGACCGGCACCGUCGUCACGGUCUCAGAGGCCUGGAGGCCGCAUGUGAAGAUCGGUUCUGAGCCCAAGAACCUCACGCUGAAGGCCUUGUCUCCCCGGCAGGAGGGGCUCUACAGCUGUGAGCUCCACGAUGCUGAGGAGAGCUUCACGAGCAUCUUCUCUCUGAGGCUGGAGGAGAGUCGGAGUCAGAAGACACAAGACAGUCCCCAUGAUGCCGGAGCCGUUGGAGGAGGGGUGAUUGGAGCCAUUGUAAUCGCAGCAAUAAUCGGGUUUAUAAAAUAUUAUAUAAGCAGAAAGAAGAAGUCAGCUUCCAACGGUCAACCCGAGAGUCAGGAGAUGGGUGAACUGAUGACGUCACCGAGAGAAGAGACGGAGGAGCUGGAGGAAGAUGAAGAACGUGACGCCCGACGGGGCGACGAGACAAACAUCUCCACUCGAGGCUCUGAUUUACUGCACUGUGAGCAUGCACUUGAAGGGAGCGUUCAGAGCCCAGGAGGCCACUGAACACCUCCUCACUGCUCCCUGAAGUCGGUUUGCAGCUGGAGGACGAACACCUCCUCACUGCUCCCUGAAGUCGGUUUGCAGCUGGAGGACAAACACCUCCUCACUGCUCCAUGAAGUCGGUUUGCAGCUGGAGGACGAACACCUCCUCACUGCUCCCUGAAGUCGGUGUGCAGCUGG